UUGUCCGCGGAGCAAAUGAUGACCGCCAAGAUCGUAGACAAAAUCCCGAGUCUCGGCGGGUUCGUGCACCAGCUCCCCGAAAGCAUUUACCCCGUGGAUGACAUCGCUACCUCACUGCCAACUUCCGUGACCAUCUUUCCCAAUGGGGAUUUGGGAGGACCGUUUGACCAGCUGAGCAGUGCCACAGGAGAUGGCCUGAUCGGCGUGGACAUGAGUGAUAAGCGGCCCCUGGAGCUGCCCUACGCCUGCAGCGGCUUCGUCCCCCCGCCGGCGCGCGGCCAGCCCUUCACCUACAUGGGCAAGUUCUCCAUCGACCCGCAGUACCCCCCCGGCGCCGGCUGCUACCCGCCCGACGGCAUCCUCAACCUGGUCAGCGCCAGCAUCCUGCAGGGGGUGGCCCCCUCCUCCUCCGCGGCCGCCCCCUCGGCCUCUUCGGCCCCCUCGGCCUCGGCCGCCUCCUCGGGCUCUCCCAACCCGCUGGGCUGCGCCAUGGCGCCCUCCACCAGCGAGAUGGAGCACAUGUACUCGCCGCCGCCGCCGCCCCCUUACUCGGCCUGCGGGGAGCUCUACCAGCCCGCGGCGCAGCAGCAGCAGCAGCAGCACCAGGCGCACGCAGAGGGCGCUUCGGCGUUCCUGGCCGCCUCGGCCGGGCCCUACCCUCCGCCCCCUUCCUACCACCCCUCCCCCAAGGCGGGGGCGCCCGGCGGCGGCGGCGGCGGGGCAGACAGCGGCCUCUUCUCCAUGAUCGCGGACUACCCGGGCUUCUUCCCGCCGCCGCCGCCGCCGCAGUGCAGCCAGCGCGAGCUCCAGCCCCACGGCGCCGCCGAGCGCAAGCCUUUCCCCUGCGCCCUGGACUCGGUGCGCGUCCCGCCUCCGCUCACGCCCCUCUCCACCAUCCGCAACUUCACGCUCGGCGCGCCCCCUGCCGGCCUCGGCGACGGGCCCACCCCGUCCACGGCGGCCGCCCGGCUGGCCCCCGGCGCCUACGGCAGCCCGGCCCACCUGCCCCUGCGGCCCAUCCUGCGGCCACGCAAAUACCCCAACCGGCCCAGCAAGACCCCGGUGCACGAGCGGCCUUACCCGUGCCCUGCCGAGGGCUGCGACCGCCGCUUCUCGCGCUCCGACGAGCUGACGCGCCACAUCCGCAUCCACACGGGCCACAAGCCCUUCCAGUGCCGCAUCUGCAUGCGCAACUUCAGCCGCAGCGACCACCUCACCACCCACAUCCGCACGCACACCGGCGAGAAGCCCUUCGCCUGCGACUUCUGCGGCAGGAAGUUCGCCCGCAGCGACGAGAGGAAGCGCCACACCAAGAUCCACCUGCGCCAGAAGGAGCGCAAAGCCGCCGCCGCCGCCGGCCCGCCCGCCUCCGCCUCGGCCAGCGGCGCGCCCCCGCCCGGGCCCCUGUGCUCCGGCGGCGGAGCCGGCUUGGCCUCCUGCUCCUCCCGCACCCGGACGCCCUGA